ACACACACGCACACGCGCACACACACGCACAACACACGCACACAAACACUUCCUUUCACACCACUCUCCGGCCAGCAGUAGAAGAGGCACAGUGUCUGAAGCAGCAGGGACAAAAAUGUCUAUGCAGACUUUUGAAACAAGGAUAAAGUCCAACAUGGAGAUGGGCAUGAAUAUGAAGGAUGAGGAGAAACUGUACAAGCGAAAUGGCAUCCUGUAUUCCACGAUUAUGAGCCCACCAGAGAACCUGGAUGCCUUGAAAAACCUGGAGGCCAGGGAAGAUGAUGUCAUGCUGGUGGCAUAUCCCAAAUGUGGUUGUAACUGGAUGGUGGGGGUGUUGAGGAAAAUCAUGAGUACAUGUGGAUACACUCUCCCUGAAGGGCCCCCGCUGAUCGAGUUCCACUCUCCAGAAGUACAAAAGAUCGAAGCUGAGAUGCCUUCAAGGCGUUUUUUUGCGACUCAUUUGCACCCUGAUGACAUCCCUGUUUCAUUUAAAACCAAUAAAACAAAGAUGUUGGUUGUGUUUCGAAACCCCAAAGACACUGUCGUCUCUUAUUACCAUUUCAUGAACAACAACCCAGUGUUGCCUAAUGCCACAUCCUGGGAUAAAUUCUUCUCCGACUUUAUGUCUGGUGAAGUGGGCUGGGGUUCUUAUUUUGACCAUGCCCUGGUGUGGGAGAAGCACAUAGAUGACCCUAAUGUGUUAAUUGUGACCUACGAGGAAUUGAAAGAGAAUCUGCUUGAGGGUGUACAGAAAAUCGCAGACUUCUUCAGCCUCCCUCUGACAGAGGAACAGGUCAAAAGGAUUGCUGGAGAGAGCACUUUCAGUGCCAUGCAGCUUAGCUCUAAAACCUCUCAUGGAAAGUUUGGCAACGUCUUUUUCCGAAAAGGUGAGGUAGGAGACUGGAAGAACCACUUUACAGAGGCUCAAAGUAAACAAAUGGAUGAAGAGUUCAAGAAGAAACUUUCAGGAACCAAACUGGGAGCCAAGCUUAAAUAUGAGCAGUACUGUCAGUAAUCCGAAAUAUAAAACACUGUGAAAAACAUACUUUUUUUCCUCAGCAGUCAUUUUUUAGGCAUAAAAAAUGAAUACACUGCACUUUGACCUCAUAUACAGUAUACAAUAUUAGUAUGUGGUAGCUGACUAACAUGUAGCUCUGGAAAUUACAGUUAACCACUAGGGACCUUUUGUGUACAUUUACCAAAAUGAUUUGUACAAAUUUGUACACUGAUUUGAUCAGUGAAUCUUUUUGUAGGUUGUCAGUGGUCACGAAGGAGAAUACAAUUGUGAAAGUAAGAACAUGGCAGCAAAAUACAACAAUUUGUAUAAACAAACUAAUUCUUUAAUGAGAUAAUAAUGUUUUAUUAAUCUUUGUAUUUAAGCCUACACUGUAUGUGUUUCUUUGUUCAACACUCUAUGUUUCAAUAACAGUCUAUACAAAGUUUUUGUCUAUUAACUGUCCUUUUUGAUAUGAUGUCAUUCUGUUGUUUUUUUAUCUGCCUCUUGUCUGCCUUAGUUCAGGUUUUUUAUCUUUCUCGCCAGACCCUUACUUGAAGCUCAGCAUUGUCUUGGAUUAUGUCUCUAUUUUGUUUGCUAUUUUUAAUAAACCAUUGAAUAAAUGCAAUUGCAUCUGCA